AUGGUGUACUUCUUCACUUGCAUUGAUCCUACUUACACGGUUUACAUGGGCCGUGAUAAAUUUGAAAACGAAGAUUUGAUCAAGUAUUCAUGGCCAGAGGAUGUUUGGUUCCAUGUAGAUAAUUUCAGUUCUGCUCACGUCUAUUUGAGAUUAAAGUCUGGCCAAACCAUCAACGACAUUCCGAAGGAAGUUGUUGAAGAUUUAGCACAACUAACAAAAUAUAAUUCAAUUCAAGGAAAGAAAGAACCACAAGUUAAAGUGAUCUACACAAUGGCAUCAAAUUUAAAAAAGACAGGAGAUAUGGACACCGGAGAAGUUGGAUUUUUUGAUAGAAAGGCUGUCCGUCAUAUUGUCAUUCAAAAGAAUAAGGAAAUUGUGAAUAGAUUAAACAAAACUCAAGUUGAAAAGGAAGUGGACCUUGAAAAAGAGAAAGCGAAUAGAGACAAGAAUGAAAGAGAAAAACAAAAACUCCAAUCGAAGGAACGAGCAAAGAAAGAAAAAGAAGAAUAUGAAAGACGUAAAAAAGAAGCUGAAGAAAAGUCAUACGACAACCUUUUCACAAAAAAGAGUCGAAAUCCACAUGCCAAUGAUGACUUUUUUGGAGAUGGGCAAGAUGAUGAAAUUGAAAACAAAAACCUCGACGAUUUAUUCUAG